AUGGCAGCCAAAUCACCAAAGAAAGUUUUAAAAAAGCAGAACAGACGAAAGAAGAAGGACCCCUUAGCUCCAAAGAGAGCCCUGUCAGCAUACAUGUUCUAUGUCAAGGACAAGCGACUCGAAUUAAUCAAAGAGAGACCAGAGCUCGCCAAAGAUGUUGCGCAAGUCGGCAAGUUGGUUGGAGAGGCCUGGGGGAAGUUAAGCGCGGCGCAGAAGACUCCGUACGAAAAGAAGGCUCAGCUGGACAAAGUCAGGUACUCCAAGGAGAUAGAGGAAUACAGGAAGACAAAAAAGGAGUAA